GUUUAAUAUUUUCGUAUCACUCGUAUAGUCGAAAGUAUCGUAGAACAAUAUAUUUGGUCGUAUAUCGUAAACUCGUAACUAUCAAUACAAAUAUACAAUACAAUACACUAUACAUUUUUAUACAACCUAACUUACAAGACACAAGCAUAAUAUAGCAAUAUAACAAUAUUAUAUUAAUACUGUAGUACUGAUUAUAUAUUUUAUAUAUACCUCGCUGCCCAAGUAAAAGUUACUAAGAGUUUCUAAAAAUCAUUCAACAUGUCUUAUAUGUUAGCACAUUUGUUUAAUGGCUGGCAAGUCGAUCAGGCAAUUCUAUCGGAGGAAGAUAGGGUGGUUGUCAUUCGUUUUGGUCACGAUUGGGAUCCUACAUGCAUGAAAAUGGAUGAAGUUUUGUAUAAUAUUGCGGAAAAAGUGAAGAACUUUGCUGUUAUAUAUUUAGUAGACAUCACCAAAGUACCAGAUUUUAAUAAAAUGUAUGAAUUGUACGAUCCAUGCACAGUUAUGUUUUUCUUCCGUAACAAACAUAUUAUGAUUGAUUUGGGUACCGGAAAUAACAAUAAAAUUAAUUGGGCACUUGAAGACAAACAAGAAAUGAUAGAUAUUGUUGAAACAGUAUAUAGAGGUGCCAGAAAAGGACGUGGUUUAGUUGUUUCUCCUAAAGAUUACUCUACAAAAUACCGUUACUAAAUAGUUAGUAUAUACUAGUUUAUAUCCUAUACUAUUUAUCGUAUGUAAAUGUAAUGUAUUGUGUGUGUGUAUAUAUUAUAUAUUCGUAAUUUAAUGUAAUUGUUUUAAUAAUUAUUUAAUACACUCCUGUAAAAACAAAUAAAAUAUUUUUGACUUAUGUAAAAGUGAAAAUAAUAUAAACAAUUUAAAGUUCUUUAACUUAAAUGUUUACUAUUUUAUAGUUAUAUAUACAUUAAUUUAUUUACAAUUUGAAAUACAGAAUCUUAUAUAGUAUAAUACUAUUUUUGCUGUAGUGUGGUUUUGUUAUAUGCUUUAAAGUUGUAAGUAGGAAUUCAAAGUAAGAAAUAUUUUUAAAAUGGUUUUUUAUAUUUGUAUAAUUUUUAUUUCUUGAUUUUCUCAUCACAGUAUAAAAAUUAAUAAAA